GCCUGGCCAGCAGUCUAGGGGUCCAGUGGCCUCUCCCUCAGCCCUGCCCCGCCCCUCCCUGUGGUGGGCUGGGCUGGGGGGAGGAGUUGGGGUGCAUUCACAUUUUCAGGUCUUUCCAGCCGUGGGCCAGCCUGGAAGCCUGACUAACCGGCUCUCCCAUAGGCGUUGGGGGAAGGGGUGCUGCAGAAGGCCGCCAGACCAGCCUCAGGCUGUGGAUGUUGCAGAAGGCAGUGGACAUGGGGCUCCCCCAGAGGCAGCCUCACCUGUGGCUGCUGCUCCUUGUGAUGACACUGGUCUGGCCCCAGCCCUGCAUGAACUUGGAGCUGAUCCCCUACACGCCGCAGAUAACAGCCGGGGACCUGGAAGGGAAGGUCACAGCCACCACGUUCUCCCUGGAGCAGCCUCGCUGUGUGCUGGACGGGCAUGCCAAUGCUACUGAUACCCUCUGGCUGGUGGUGGCCUUCAGCAACGCCUCCGGGGACUUCCAGAACCCACAGACACUGGCUGAGAUCCCAGCUUCCCCACGGCUGCUGACCGAUGGCCACUACAUGGUGCUGCCCCUGUCCCCGGACCAGCUGCCCUGUGAGGACCUUGUGGGUGGCAGCGGCAUCCAUGUGCUGCGGGUGGGCAAUGACCCCAACUGCCUAGCCGACCUCCACCAGCCAUCCUACUGCAAUGCCCCCCUCCCAGGCCCCGGACCUUACAGGGUGAAGUUCCUCCUGAUGGAUGCCAGGGGCUCACCCCAGGCCCAGACCAGGUGGUCUGCCCCCAUCUCGCUCCACCAAGGGAAGUCCCCAGGCUCCAUCGACACGUGGCCAGGGCGGCGGAGUGGUGACAUGAUCGUCAUCACCUCCAUCCUCUCUUCUCUGGCCGGCCUCCUGCUCCUGGCCUUCCUGGCAGCCUCCACUGUGCGCUUCUCCAGCCUGUGGUGGCCUGAGGAGGUCCCAGAGCAGCUGCGGAUUGGCUCCUUCAUGGGCAAGCGAUACAUGACUCACCACAUCCCGCCCAGUGAGGCCGCCACCCUGCCCGUGGGCUGUGAGCCUGGCCUGGACCCCCUCCCCAGCUUCAGCCCCUAGCCUGGCCCAUGUGGCUGGGGCUAGGGAAGUGCUCCAGGGGGUUGGGGAGUGAGGGCAGAGUGCUCCUUCCUAGCCCCGCCCCCAUCGCACUCCCCUCUGCCUGAAAUCCCACCACGAGCAGCCCUGACUGGCUUUCCCAUUCCCUGCUCUCUCCAGGCAACUGCAGUUGCCUGCAAGGGAGUUUGGGGGAGAACCGUGGUCAGGCUGGGCAUCCAGUCCCACCUCCAUCCCUACCUCUCUUCCGUCUGCCCUCUUGCGAGUGAGGCUGGAGGUAAUGGGUGGAGAGACCACCCUGACCAAAGCUUCCAAGCCCCAGGAAGAGGCCUGCAGGGGGCCUUGCUCUGCGCAGUGAAGGGAGCUGACUUGGGCCCAUCAUGCGAUGUAUGAGGCCUGAGCCUCCCUCUGUCCCUCUGUCCCACUUGCCAGUGGCUGGGGCUGCAGCAAAGCCUUCAGAGGCACUGGCCUCUCCUGAGGGUGGCUGGAGGGUCAGACAGAGUGAAGAAACAUCAUGACCCUCCGGCCACUGAUUCAGCCACCACUCCCACCCCCUUGCACACACAGAUGGCUCACACACUUAUCCCCUCAUUACACUCCACAAACAUUCGUUGAGCAUCUGCUGCCACGCACAGUGUUAGACGUGGGGUCUCAGGCAGAUCGUGGGGAGCUCACUAACUGCUCUAGAUAUCAGAUGAUCACUUGUGCAGAUGUGACCUGUUGCUGUUGGGAGGCUGCCACACCCUCAGAUUGUCACCUGCCCUCAGGCUCACAGUCCCUCAGACAACCACCCCAAUGGGUUCCCUGGGGUCCAUGACGACCCAGCACCGGGGGCGGGGGAGUAUAGGCUUCAUUCCGCCAGUGUCCAUCUGCCCACAGGCGGUAGUACCCGUUGUAGUCACAAGAGGGCGCCCGUGCACCGCCGCU